AUGAAAACGACGAGAAAAGUCUCAGAAGUUGAGGCAAAGGCCCGGAUUUCCCCAUUGUUAGCUGAGGACCCGGAAGCUGUGGUUGCUAAAAGCCAAGGCCUAAAGUCCCUAACCCCAAGACUCUCACUCCCCACUAGGAUGUCAGUUCCAAUGCAGGGUAUUCGACCAUCCUUCCCGACCAGAGCUCGGUCACUUCCACGGCUGUCGACGAGUCCUGGUAUCCCGCUCUUUCCCGAUCCCCGAGGUACGAGCCGAAACCCGAUAUUGAUUACUGGAAAACAAGAGUUUGGAGGUGCUCGUGGGUGUUUGGACCUCAGGAAUCGUGUAGGGACCUCGCGCCAGGCCAUUUGCUCUGUUUCUCAAUCCGGGAAGACGGAAGAGGCUGCCUUGUCUGCAUCGGACCUUCUUAGCUACCUAGUUGAAGCCCUUGCCAGCCUGAAUCUGGAAUCUGCAACCUUACUUACCAUAUUUCAAACCCUAUUCGAAAGCGCAAGACUCGUACCUCGGGUCGAAGCCUUAAUCUCUUUGCCAGGUCCGGAAAUCGACCACUCGAAGUCAUAUAUGCGAAACCUCCGUUUCAGACCGCUCGCUCCGGUUCUAGGGGCAGGUGAAAGGCUCGUACCUCGGGUCCAACUCUCCAGUCUUCUCAGACUUCCUCUUCCGGUCAGGUUCAAGGCUUUCAUGGAUAGAAGGAUUGAUCGAAAGGCAGUGAUUUCGACCUGGAGUGAAGCUUUGGCUUUCGGCGGCUAUUAG